UCAGGUUCAAUAAAAGACCACCCGCAGCAGCAGCCUGGCAUGCUUUCUCGUGUGACUGGUGGCCUCUUCAGUGUCACAAAAGGAGCUGUUGGUGCCACGAUUGGGGGUGUUGCUUGGAUUGGAGGGAAGAGCUUGGAAAUAACCAAAACAGCAGUUACAUCUGUGCCUUCAGUGGGAGUGGGGCUAGUCAAAGGAAGUGUUUCUGCUGUAGCUGGAGGUGUUACAGCUGUAGGAUCUGCUGUUGUAAGUAAAGUGCCUUUAUCGGGAAAGAAAAAGGAUAAGUCUGACUAA